UCCCGUCCCUAAGUGGGAGUGCCACGCAGCUCUGUCCAAUUGGGCCCAGCUAUGAGCUGGACUGUCACCCCACUAGUCUACCCCAGAAGAGCACACACCAAUGCCUGCCCAGGUCCUUUUCUCCCUGUCGUGGCCACUCUGAGCAUGCCUGGUGUGUCUGGGCUGCAGUCUUACUGCUUCUGAGGUUUGGGCAAGUGGGUCUCAGAUACAGUCCCAUUCCACUUACUCCUCCCAGCUAUUCCCAGUUACGGAGGUAACUGAGGAGGUGGCUGGAGCCUUAAAGAAUCAAUGUGCCUCCAGUUACAUCAUGAGAAAGUGCAAUCUUGGUUCCAACUCUGAGGUUUGCACCCAGCAGGGAGAAUUCAUACAUCUGUUCCUUACCCUUCUUGCAGCCCAGCUGCCCCUUCCCUCCAUAUACCAGGUGCCAACACACAGCUGUCUCUUCCUUGCUCCCCCCACCCUAGCAAGCUCUGCUGGGUAGGGUUGAGCUGGGUGGGGCAGCCCUGUGUAUUGAGUGUCCUGUGCGACUGUGGGCUGUGUCUCGACAGGCAAAUUCAGCCAGAGAUUGCUUCUGAGCAGUGGUUCUGACUGGUGAGGAGGGAGCAGGAAAGGCAAGCGUAGAAUCUGGAUUGCCUGCAGAGUCACUGACCCGGCCAUGCCUGCUCCACUGCUCCCGCUGCUGCUUCGAACGCUGCUGUCCGGCCUGUUGCUGCCUGCCGCCCGCCUGGCCCGCCAACACCUCUUGCCCCUGCUGCGCCGACUAGCGCGCCGCCUGGGCUCCCAAGACAUGCGAGAGGCUUUGCUGAGCUGUCUGUUGUUCAUCCUCAGCCAGAGACACCGGCCAGAUGCUGGGGAGGCCUCCAGAGUGGCCCACCCGGAGAGGAGGGAGAGGCUAGCCCGGCAAAAGUAAGGCCACGAGUCCUGGUAGCAGCAGAAACGAAAGGCUUUCUUUUGGAGUACGAGUCCUGGCACCAUCACUGACAGCAGCCUGCCCAGGGCAUCAGACUGAGCAGGACUGAGCAUGAGAUGGGUUUGACCAAGACAUGCCUCUUGUUCCAGCAAAAA